UGCGGCUCGCGCGUGCGCAGAAGGGCAGCAGUGCGCCGACUAGGAGGCAGCUGCCAGCCUGACCUGCCGAGGUGCUGAGGUGGCCGCGAGACAGGGCAGAUGAAGCCUGAGCAGCCUCAUGACAGUCAGAGAUGCCAAUGAUGACUGCUUGUGCCUAGACCUAUGAAGUCCUGCCAUCGUCCACAGCACAUGAUGUCAGGAAACCACACGCCUUCUGCCGGUGGCCCUUUCUCUGCCCUGACUCCAAGCAUAUGGCCCCAGGAGAUCCUGGCAAAAUACUCACAGAAAGAAGAAUCCUCAGAGCAGCCAGAGUUCUGCUAUGAUGAGUUUGGUUUCCGUGUGGACAAGGAAGGUUCUGAGCCUGGAGGCAGCCAGAUGACAGGCUCACCCCUGGUGGAGGACCCCCCGCAGAGGCUACGUUGGCAAGCUCACCUGGAGUUCACCCAUAACCAUGAUGUUGGGGAUCUCACCUGGGACAAGAUUGCAGUCUCCCUCCCCCGCUCUGAGAAACUCCGUUCCCUAGUGCUGGCUGGCAUCCCACAUGGCAUGAGGCCACAGUUGUGGAUGCGGCUCUCUGGGGCGCUGCAGAAGAAGAAGAACUCUGAGUUGUCCUACCGUGAGAUUAUAAAGAACAGCUCCAACGAUGAGACCAUCGCUGCCAAACAGAUCGAAAAGGACCUGCUCCGUACCAUGCCCAGCAACGCCUGCUUUGCCAAUGUGAACAGCAUCGGGGUUCCCCGCCUGCGCAGAGUCCUCCGAGCACUGGCCUGGCUCUACCCAGAGAUUGGCUACUGCCAGGGCACAGGCAUGGUGGCUGCCUGUCUCCUGCUGUUCCUGGAGGAGGAGGAUGCCUUCUGGAUGAUGUGUGCCAUUAUUGAGGACCUGCUGCCUGCCUCCUACUUCAGCACUACCCUGCUGGGAGUCCAGACUGACCAGCGGGUCCUGCGCCACCUGAUUGUCCAGUACCUGCCUCGCUUAGACAAGCUGUUGCAGGAGCAUGACAUUGAGCUGUCUCUGAUCACACUGCACUGGUUCCUCACGGCCUUCGCCAGCGUGGUGCACAUCAGACUGCUGCUGCGCAUCUGGGACCUGUUUUUCUACGAGGGCUCCCUGGUGUUGUUCCAGACUACGCUGGGCAUGCUGCGCCUUAAGGAGGAAGAGCUGAUACAGUCCGAGAACUCAGCUUCCAUCUUCAACACGCUGUCAGACAUUCCUGCACAGAUGGAUGACGCAGAGCUGCUGCUGGGGGAGGCCAUGCGGCUGGCUGGCUCCCUCACCGACGUGGCCGUGGAGACCCAGCGUCGCAAGCACCUGGCCUACCUCAUUGCAGACCAAGGCCAGACCCUGGGGACGGGCACCACCACUAACCUCUCUCAGGUUGUACGGCGCAGGACGCAGCGGAGGAAGUCUGGUAUCACUUCCCUGCUUUUUGGAGAGGACGACCUAGAAGCUCUCAAGGCAAAGAACAUCAAGCAAACAGAGCUGGUGGCCGACCUUCGCGAAGCCAUUUUGCGUGUGGCACGCCACUUCCAGUGCACAGACCCCAAGAACUGUAGUGUGGAGCUGACCCCAGACUACAGCAUGGAGAGCCACCAGCGGGACCAUGAGAACUACGUGGCAUGCUUACGCAGCCACCGGCGCCGGGCCAAGGCCCUGCUGGACUUUGAGCGGCACGAUGAUGAUGAGCUAGGCUUCCGCAAAAAUGACAUCAUCACGAUCAUUUCCCAGAAGGAUGAGCACUGCUGGGUGGGUGAGCUGAACGGCCUGAGAGGCUGGUUUCCAGCCAAGUUUGUGGAGGUCCUGGAUGAGCGAAGCAAAGAGUACUCCAUUGCGGGGGACGACUCUGUGACGGAAGGAGUAACAGACCUCGUGCGAGGGACCCUCUGCCCAGCCCUCAAGGCCCUGUUUGAACACGGAUUGAAGAAACCAUCCUUGCUUGGAGGGGCUUGCCACCCCUGGUUGUUUAUCGAGGAGGCAGCGGGCCGUGAAGUCGAAAGAGACUUUGAUUCUGUGUACUCCCGCCUGGUGCUCUGUAAGACAUACAGGUUGGAUGAAGAUGGCAAAGUCCUGACCCCUGAAGAGUUGCUGUACCGGGCAGUGCAGUCUGUGAAUGUGACCCAUGAUGCAGCACACGCACAAAUGGAUGUCAAGCUCCGAUCACUUAUCUGCGUGGGGCUAAAUGAACAGGUCCUACACCUGUGGCUGGAGGUACUCUGCUCCAGCCUGCCCACUGUGGAGAAGUGGUACCAGCCCUGGUCCUUCCUGCGAAGCCCUGGCUGGGUCCAGAUCAAGUGUGAGCUCCGUGUCCUCUGCUGCUUUGCCUUCAGCCUCUCCCAGGACUGGGAGCUCCCUGCUAGGAGAGAGGAGGAAAAGCAGCCCCUGAAGGAGGGUGUGCAGGACAUGCUGGUGAAGCACCAUCUUUUCAGCUGGGACAUAGAUGGAUGAUGCUCCUUCUAGCUGCUCUGUGGCUCCCAGGCCAACCCAUCAUAGACUGCCUGGAAGGCUCCCUUCUUCAAUAGAAGGCAGAGCCCUGGCCAGCCUCAGGCCUCCCUCAGGCUAGGAGGUUCAGGGAAAGACACUCUCCAGAGCUUACUCAGGACCCAUGAUCAGUGUCUGGGCCUCCCCAGUUCAGGCUACCACGGUUGUCAAAAGCAUACACUGGUGGCCAGCCCAGCUGCUUUCCUUAACAUGGUCCUGAGGAGUGCCCUGCCUAAGGAAGCCCUGGGUGCCAGCCAUAUGGUAUACUAUACUAACCAAAAACCUUGGGAAGAGGCAGAGAGCUGGUCUGCUCAGGAAGGGGACCUUAUUGUAAAUAAACCUUUUAUGAGAGCAAGCCUCCCAUCUUUUGUUGAGCCAAGCCCUGAGUUCCACAAAAGCUGCCCCUCCCGAAAUGGUCUGACUCCCAGGCCCUUGCUCAGGGUUUAUUUCAAGUAUGCCUGAUGCAAUUAGGGCCACUAUGUGGCCUCUAGAUGCCAGCAUGGAAUAGACCCAGGAGCCCAGCCAAACUUCUCAACCCUGAUGGAUCAAAUACAACAGACUGGCAAGUCA